AUGAAUGAAAACCAAAUUGUUGUUAGGCAUGAAUCAGAAGGUGGCACGACUCCCACAACGGGUGAUGAAUCACAAGAUGUUAGUACGAUUACAAAGACCAUUAAAGGCCGUGGUCCGUCAAAAGGUGUUAAAGUCGCUAAGCCUAUGUUCCUUGAGUAUAAUGUAUAUAAUGUCCCCGAUGGACAAUGGUCUCAUGAAUACGGGAAGCAAGUUGGGAGUUGUGCUACUAGAAUUAAUAUUAACGUCCCAUUAUAUCCAAAGGUAGAUGAGCAAACCAAGAAGGGGUUUUGGGAGGAGACUAAGCUUAUGUUCCACAUUACUGAUGAUUCUAAUCAUUCGAGGGAGAAAUAUUUUCAUUCUUGUGUGGCGAAACGAUUUAGUUGUUUCAAGAGCAAGUUGGUGCGCCGAUGGAUAACUAUGAAGGAAAAGAAGCCAAAAAAUCAAACAAACAAGAUGCCUUGGGAUGUCUACAACCAUAUCACAGAGGAUGAUUGGAAGACAGUUUUUCAUCUUCGUAGUGAAAAGGCGAGGAAAAGUGCAUCAUGCAACAAGAACCCACAUCGCACCGGCCAAAAGGGUUAUAAUAGAAAGCGACUAGAUUGGAUAAAAGAUGGACUACUUCCACCAGAUGCAGCUUUACCUAUCUCGAGUAGCUCCUCGGUGAACUCAUCAGUGACCUCAAAUGUUGAUAGAGUUAGAACAUACAGAUCAAAGGACUGGAUUUUGGCCCAUCAAGUACAAAAUAAAGAGGGAAAGUGGGAAAUUGACCCGAACGAUACAGAAGUUGUUGAAAUCGCAACAAAAGCUUUAGAGUACAUCGCAGAAGAGGAAAAAGGAAAUCUUUCUUUCGAACAGGGUGAGGAUGCCCUCACUAAAGCUAUAGGGAAAAAAGAUCAUCGUGGGCGUGUCAAGGGAACAGGUGGCAUGGUUGGUAUCAAAAAGGCUUUCGGUCCGUGUAAUCGACAUAGUAGACGUGACCAUGGUGAAGCUUCAUUAGAAAAUUACGAAUCAAUCAGAGCUUCUGUGAAAAAGGAGUUUGAAGGUGAAUUAGAGAAAAGGGUAGAGAAAAGGGUGGCAGAGGCCCUCCAAAAGCAACUAAGCACCUUGUUAAAAACAGGACAACUAAACUCCAUUUCUACCCCGAUACUUGAUGACCUCCACUUAAAUGAUUCUGCUAGAGUUGACCUUGAUGUUAGUGCUACAAGAACCACUCGUCACAUCUUAGUGCCGCAACCACGCGAGCUAAAGGAAAGGACUCCAUGUCGUCUUGCCCUUGAGGAUAAAGUUUCAGGCAACAACAUUGUCGUGGCGGAUGGUAUGGUACAACCCUCAGAUGGUGCAUUGCCCCAACAUUUUACACCGAUGAAGCCUGGUCACUAUAAAGUCCAAGUUGAUUUUGUUUACAACGGACAUGUUGAUGAUAUUCUUCCGGUACCUACGGGAGAUGGUUUCACUAACUUAGGCGGUGCUCUCGGUAGUUUUGUGCAAUGGCCCAUACACUUAGUGAUUUUCGAAGACGGCGAGGAUUGUACUUCACCUCCUAAAAAGAAGUGCAAGUCUAAUGUUUCUAAAGAGAGGGAUGGUAGCUCCAAGAAAAAGACAACGGUAUUAGCGGCCCAAAAGAAGACAACAAACUUAGCAUCCAAGGAAUUUUCGCAUCCAACGAAGUCGAAUUCUAAGCCUAAGUCCAACUUAGAGGUCGUGGAAAGUUGUGAUCGUAAAACACAAGAAUCAACCACCAAAAGCAAGAAAGCGGGACUUGUACACGAUGCAAUUCAAGGUCUUGGCCCGUCAUGA